UUUACUGGUCGCGGCAUUGUGUGCCUAUCUUCUAGUGUCUUGUUCUCAUUACGUGACACGAAACUCAUAACCUCGAAAACAUUUCGUGAGCGGGGUAGCAAACAAAACUCACGUGUUUGUUUCUCCCCGAAAAAUGAAAAUAAAUUGAAGUGAAAUAAUAAAAAAUGAGUAAAUUAUAUGUGUUGUACGAACACAGUGCGGGGUUCGCCCUGUUCAAAGUUGCCGAAUUUGAAGAACUUGCGGCGUUUUUGCCUCAAGUUGAGGAGUCUGUGACUGACUUGCAGCGAUUCAACUCUGUUGUGACGCUGAGCGCAUUCCAGCCAUUCAAAUCUGCAGUGGUAGCGUUGGAAAAUAUAAACGCAAUAUCUGAAGGUAUUGUACCAGAAGACUUGAACCUGUUCUUGGAGGGAGCGCUUCCAAAGCGCAAGAAGCGCAGCAAAUGCACCCUGGGUGUGUUGGACCCCAAACUGGGGGCUGCCAUCAGCGAGGCUCUGGAGAUCCCAUGCUCACACACUGGUGCUGUUCCGGAGAUACUCCGAGGUAUCCGUCACCACUUCCACGCCCUGAUCAAAGGUCUGACUCUGAAGGCAUGCAGCGUAGCACAGCUCGGUCUAGGCCACUCGUACUCCCGUGCCCGAGUCAAGUUCAACGUGCACCGAGUAGACAACAUGAUCAUCCAGUCUAUAGCGCUACUUGACCAACUCGACAAGGAUAUCAACACGUUUUCUAUGAGGAUCAGAGAAUGGUACUCCUACCACUUCCCGGAGCUGAUCAACAUUGUGCCAGAGAACCAGUUGUACACCAAGUGCGCAGAAUUCAUCAAGGACAGGAAAUCAUUGAGCGAUGAGUCAGUGGAACCUUUGACGGAGAUCCUCGGUGACUCGGAGAAGGCCCAGGCUAUUAUUGAUGCAUCCAAAAUGUCUAUGGGCAUGGACAUCUCUCCAGUUGACUUGAUUAAUAUCCAGAUGUUCGCCGGCAGAGUUGUUGGACUCAGUAAUUAUAGAAAGCAGAUAGCCGAGUACCUGCAUACCAAGAUGGAGUCAGUGGCUCCGAACCUGACCACCUUGGUAGGAGACCAGGUCGGAGCGCGACUCAUUUCCAAGGCCGGCUCACUCACCAGCCUCGCCAAGUACCCAGCCUCUACACUGCAGAUUUUGGGCGCUGAGAAAGCCCUGUUCCGUGCGCUGAAGACUCGCUCGAACACUCCCAAGUACGGGCUGCUGUACCACUCGACGUUCAUCGGGCGCGCCGGGCUCAAGAACAAGGGCCGCAUCAGCCGGUACCUCGCCAACAAGUGCUCCAUCGCAUCCAGGAUCGACUGCUUCUCUGAAAUCCAAUCAUCCGUAUUUGGUGAGAAACUCCGCCAGCAAGUCGAAGACCGUCUCAAGUUCUACGAGACCGGUGACAUUCCUAAGAAGAAUAUCGAAGUAAUGAAAGAAGCGUUGGAUGAACUGCAGCAGGCCGUGGAUGCUGAGGCCAGUGCCAAGAAGAAAAAGAAAAAAAAGAAGAAGAAGGAGAGAGAUGAGGAACAGCCCAUGGAUGAGGAUUAAUUAAGAAAGAGUGGUUGCUAAAGUUUAACCUUUUGACCGCCAGAGCAUAAACGCUUCGCUGUGCCCUCCACGCCAAGCAACGAAAAUAAAAAUUAAAAUUCAACGAAAUAACCCUGAAAAUAUUAGGGAUUCCAAAAUGUUAUCGAAUGUGUUUAUUUUGUUUUUCUCUGUGAUCUGUUUCUUGGCAUCUAUAGAUGUCGGUGGCGCACAGGGCACGCUUGCGCAUGACAUCUAUUCAUGCCAUUGGCGUUCAAAAGGUUAACUAAGAAUCGUGGACGGUCGGUCAUAGGGGUGAUAGAAGUUGAACUAUAUUUUAAGAACGUUAUUGAAGUACUUCGGUUCAAACUUGGUACUUUUUUUGUGGCCAUUUUUUAUACUUGGGUUUUUGUAAUUAUUAUUACAAAUUCGCAUCCAAAUAUUUAACACUUAGUAUGCCGGGAAGUAGAUCCACGCGAGACAAUGUAUUUUCUAUUGUGUCUCAUAUACCGGUCUAAAAGUAAGUUCAUGCAAUUUUUGACAUAUUUACAGUGUUCAGUGAGCUUAGUACGAGUUUGUUUUACGUUUAACGAGAUCGAAACGAGAGCGCGUUCGGCGCUGUGAUUGGUUGGUUCAUUCGCGUUGGCCAAUCAGAGCGCCGAACGCGUUCUCGUUUCGUUUUCGUUCAAUGUAAAGCAAACUUGUACUAAGUGGACAGUGUUACCCGCCGUUGAAAAAACUUGUCAUCAGAAAUCACCUAUCAUCAUAUUAUACAUAUAAGAUUUUGUCUGCAUGUUUGUCUGUCUGUCUGCCUAUAAUGAGGUGCUAGGUACCCCUUUGAACGAUCGUGUACGAUAUUGUUCUAGUAUAAGACAUAGUGAUAGUUAUAUCUUACAAUAUGUAUCGAUGUAACAAACACAUCAAUAUUUUUUCAAAUAUUAAAUUACUUUUAAGUUUAAAA